AUGUUGUCUCCACUUCACUGGCUGUCGCGUGAUGCUCCUUCCUUGCUUCGGCAAAUCGAAGCAAUCGAAGAACGUAUCGACCACGAGGAUUACGAGGGGCCAGCUGAUCAGGAAGAUGACACUAUGGCGUUACUCGCUUACCUUCACGGCACAUGUUUGGCUGUCCUCGGUGAACCACACCGGGCGAUUCGAGAACUUGAAAUCGUGCUCAGAUUGAAGAACAAACUGGUUCAACACGUGUUCCUGGUCCCGCACGCUAUGAUUGAAUUGGCUAAAUGCUACAAUGCCCUAGGAAACAAUGAACGUUCUCAAAACAUGCUGCAUAAUGGCUGGAAGCGUUUCUUCACCAACUCCCUGAAAUCGCGCCUGCUUUCCAACAUCUAUAAAAAAAUGGAAAUGAUCCAGAACGCUAUGGCAGCCAAUGGACUUCGCCGCGCUUUGAAAUAA